UAUGAUGAAUUAAAACAAAAACACAAUGACGAAAUUAAUAAGAAUCAAUAAUUGGAUAAUUAAAUCAAAAACUAGAACAUCUCAUUAGCGACUAAUAGGGAAGGCAUAUGUUGAUCCUCCUAAGGCACAAUAACAUCAUCAAAAAUAGUUGUUGUGAUGAUCAUAUAUCACGUGCAAAUGCUUAAAACUUUAAAAACAAUAAUUUUAAAGUGUCAUUCAUAAAGUUCAAUUGAUUAAGAGAAAAAUGAGAUAAUGAAAAUAUAAUUUUCUGUAAAUAACAAGACUUAAAAUUUGAAGAAUCAUAUUUUUCAGUUAUCAGUUGAUUAAAUUUAUUGUAAGUUGUUAAUUAAAGAAAAUACAAUGCUAUCUUUAUAAUUA